UUUCCUCCCUUGUCACUCGAACAGGGAAGUAGGCAGCGACGCCAGCCUUGAACUACAGUCGCUGUGAGUGAGAGUGAGAGUGUAUAUAAAGUCCGGUGUCCUCUCCUUUUGGCCAGGGGUUUAUAACUGCCGGGUUAUCCUCUCGUUUUGACGGACCUAGAAAAUGACCAACAUCCCCCUCUCCCGCUCUGAGGUGUUUGGGGAGCUGAGGAAGGAGCUGCAUGAAGAUGAGGAGUUCCAUCAGUCCGAUGUUCACGUCUUCAUCAUCAUGGGAGCCUCGGGAGAUCUGGCCAAGAAGAAAAUCUACCCAACUCUUUGGUGGUUGUUCAGAGAUGGUCUCCUCCCUGAGAAUACGUAUUUUGUGGGCUUUGCUCGCUCUGACUUGACAGUUGAUGCCAUUCGGGCUUCUUGCAUGCCAUACAUGAAGGUGACGGAUACGGAAACAGAACGGUUGUCCGCGUUCUUCAGCAGGAACACGUACAUCAGUGGGAAAUAUGCAGAUGACAGUUCCUUCUCCAAACUCAACACACACAUCCUGUCUCUGCCCGGUGGACCCGAGGCAAACCGUCUCUUCUACCUGGCGCUGCCACCCACCGUCUACCACGAUGUUUCAAAGAACAUCAGGCACUGCUGUAUGAGCACAAAAGGCUGGAACAGGGUGAUUGUAGAGAAGCCGUUUGGACAUGACCUUCAGAGCUCUGAAGAGCUGUCCACUCACCUCUCCUCCCUCUUCACUGAAGAACAGAUCUACCGUAUUGAUCACUACCUGGGCAAGGAAAUGGUGCAGAACCUCAUGGUGCUCAGGUUUGGGAACCGUAUCUUCGGGCCGAUCUGGAACAGGGACAGCGUGGCCUGCGUUGUUCUCACCUUUAAAGAACCGUUUGGCACUCAGGGACGAGGAGGCUACUUUGAUGAUUUUGGCAUCAUCCGCGAUGUCAUGCAGAACCACUUGCUCCAGAUGCUCUGCCUGGUUGCCAUGGAGAAACCAGCAUCUACCAGCUCUGAUGAUGUCAGGGAUGAAAAGGUGAAGGUGCUGAAGUGCAUCGCUCCGGUGUCCAUGUCGGAUGUGGUGCUGGGUCAGUAUGUGGGGGAUCCGGAGGGUGAGGGAGAGGCCAAACUGGGUUAUCUUGAUGAUCCCACAGUUCCUAAAGGAUCGACUCAGGCCACCUUUGCCACCACUGUGCUGUAUGUGCACAACGAACGCUGGGAUGGUAAACACGCUGCGCCCUCUACAAAUCAAAUCCUACUAAUCUCACGUUUUCCGUGCUCUUUCGUAACAUGCUGGCAUUUAAAACGUUCUUGCUCCUCAGGUGUUCCUUUCAUCCUUCGCUGUGGAAAAGCUCUGAACGAGAGGAAAGCUGAGGUGCGACUGCAGUUCUCUGAUGUCCCGGGGGACAUUUUUGGAAAUCAGUGUCGCAGGAAUGAGCUUGUGGUGCGCGUGCAGCCCAACGAGGCCAUCUACGCCAAGAUGAUGAGCAAGAAACCCGGCGUAUACUUCAGCCCUGAAGAAACUGAGCUGGACCUCACCUACAAGAGUAGAUACAAGGAUGUGAAGCUUCCAGAUGCUUACGAACGUCUCAUCCUGGAUGUCUUCUGUGGAAGUCAGAUGCACUUUGUACGCAGUGAUGAAUUAAGGGAAGCAUGGAGGAUUUUCACACCUCUCCUUCAUCACAUAGACAAUGAGAAGCCCAAACCUAUUCCUUAUAGAUAUGGAAGCCGUGGCCCGACAGAAGCGGACGACCUCGCGAAGAGAGUUGGAUUUCGUUAUGAAGGCACUUACAAAUGGGUCAACCCUCACAGACUGUGAGUUGUGAUGAGAUGAGGGAGGAGUAGAGGUAGGGUAGUAGGAGGGGUUGCAGCAGGGUAAGUGAGCCGUAUCAUGUUCCAACACUGGAGUGUCUUUGAGGAAGGUGGUGUUUCCACUGUGUGGAUCCAUCGCAUUAGCAACAAAGAAAGAAGCUUUUUAAAAACAAAUUGAGAAUUUCUCAGGUAUAAGGAGUUAUUUUUCUAUGGAGCUAGUUCUUCAGACAUUGAGAGUGUGGAUUCAUGCUGUCAUCAUGGGAUUGUGCCGGUUUCGGUGGUAGUUUUUCUUAUUUUACUUUAUUCAUACAUUCACAGCAGCUUUCUAUGUUGUAUUUGAGAGGUGGGACCAAGUCAGUUGGAGAGGGAACAAAAAACGAACCACGAUGUUUUUGUGAACAAAAUAACUGUCUGAUGAACUAGCUCCAUGUCCCCUGUCUCCAUUAAUUUGGUCUUAAUUUGUCAGGAUGGUAAAUGGAAUAACAAGAGCAGAGCUGAGUAACAAUAGAGUAGAGCAAUAAGAAAACGCUGAGUCAUCCUCACCCAGUGCAAGUACUGUACCAAAGAUGGUAACUGAACACAGCAGAGACGCGGAACAACAGGAAUGAUUGUUCACCGACUGUCACUCCUAUAAACCUUCUGAUUGUAUUACCAUUAUGCUUUCACUGCAUUUAUUAAUCACUUAGCAGAAUUUCUUCUUACGACUUCCAUACUCUCUUUUUGCCUCCUUUGCCCAGAACCAAGGACAUCAUGGCUGUUUUAAUAAAUUGACUGUGGUUCACAAAGGGCAAUGCAGGCUGUUUUCUCUUCAAAGCAUUCAUACUGGAAUAGUCUUAAGUGUUCUUACGGACAAGCAAAAUGAGCUCUCGGUCUUGUUUAGUCACCUUCCUCUGAGCUUCAUUCCUUUUUUGUUUACAUUUUUAAGUUUUAUUUAAGUUACUUAUGUUCAUUCCAUAUUUCAAAGUAAAGACCGCGGUGGUUUCUACCACAAGUCAACAGUGAAUGUCUUUGUAAUGACGUACUGUAUACUCACAUGUAAAGCUGGCUACAUUUCCACUACUUGUAAUAAACUAGUUUUGCUUCUCUGUUAA